AUGGAACGUGAAAUGGAUCAUGCAGAUCACGUUGUCAAAUCUAGCAAUCGUACCCCAAAUGAAUUUGAAGACGUUGAACAGGUUCAACGAGAUAUUUCUCAAAUCAUAGAUCAAGCUGAACAAUUGGCCAGAAAGAACCCGGAAAAGGCAGGAAUGAUGAGUCAAGCACUGCUGGAAAUCGUUCAAAUGUGCGAACGAAGCGAUACAACAGAUGUUGGCCAGUUGUUUGCGAAACUGGCUACGAGAAACGACAAAAACAUUUUUAAAUGCUGCCCGACUCCUUCCACAUAUAUCACCACCGCAUCUUCCCAAUUCAAUUGGUUAUUGAAUUCGGAGCCGGGAGAUCCGAUCGGGGUUAUGGAAACCCCAAAUGAUGCCGCUCGCUAUAUCCAACUCUACACACGCGGAGAAGGAUUCUUAACCCUGAAGCAAAUGGACAUGCCACUUAUCACUGUGGUCAUACGGAAAACAAUAGUACUGAAGAUCUACGGAAGUCAGGUGGUGUUCACAUUGUUUCUACACGUCUACGAUUCAAAUCAGAAUUCAAAAUGUUAUGAUCGUUGCUCUUCAGUGGAACGAAGCCAUCUGAAUCACUUCAAAACUUCCAGUUCCACAAGAAUGCUCAUUGACAUGGAGAACGUUCAAAUGCGAGUGAUUAUGAACGGGCCUUCUAUAAACUUAUACUAUCCAACGGAAGCGACGAAGCGAUUUUUGGAAACCAAUUUCACAAAAAAAGUAUUUAAAGAACAGACUCCGGAAAAGGAAAACUUUGAUCUUCUCUUCUACAGUGACGGCAUUCAAUUGGAUCUCACAGUCUCCAAUUUCGACGUAUCCUUUGUGAACAUUGAUACUGAAAUCAUGGUCCUUAUUGAUUUCAUUCACAAAAUCCGUUCCAAGAAGAAGUGGUUCUGGGCAAUCUUCAUCACAAAAAACCGAGAAAUGUAUAAGAUUGAGAACGCUGUUUUGAAACUUCUCUUGUGUAUUUAA